GAGCUGCCGUCUGUCUGUCCGUCCUCCAUCAGUUUGAAUACUGAGCUGUUGCAUCCAGAUGAAAUAUGAAACCAGUCAGUCUAACAGCUGAACUUUGUGUGUCAGAGUCAGGUGACAGAGUCCAGGUGAGACUCAGAGACAGCGUGAGAGCAGCGAUCUGCAUCGAGUCGCUCUGCCAGAGCAACCUCUCCGUAGAGUCUGUGAUGGGCGUGGCGGCUGCUGGAGGAACAUUCAGCAUCUUACUGACAGGAACGCUCUACCUACAGGCCGGCGAGUACGUGUCGGUGUUUGUGGACAACGCCACCGGCUCGGCCAUCAGCGUCCUGCAGGACUCUCUGUUCUCUGGGAUGCUGCUGGGAGUCUGAACGCCUGGUGAUGUCAUCACAGCGGAGGUGUGACAUCACUCUCACAGAGCAACACGUCAUUGCCUGAUCUCUGGAGUUUUAUCUAUGCGGUGACAUCGUCGUUUCUCUGGCUGAGGUCAGAGAUCAAAUGAUCUUCUGAAAGCUGAACUUUCAUCUUAAUGAGGUCAUCUAGUGGACGUUAGUGGACGUUCUUCUUCUAUUCCACUGAUCUCUGGACGGAUGAUAAUGAUAUUAUCAUAUUUAUCAUGUUAUUACAUCUCUAUAUUUAAGAGUUGCCAGUAUUCUGUUUUUCUAUCGGAGGUUUUUAUCUUUUGUCAAAGCAGUUUUAUCAGUGAAUGUAUUCUUAAGUGUCCUUCUACAUAUAACCGACCAUCACAGACACAGAGAGUCUGUACAGAUCUAAUGAUUGUAUGAUGUCUGCUUCCGUUUUACUUUAAUAUUAAUAUUUAUUCUCUGGAUGUUGUGAAUAAUUCUGAUAAUAAAAGCGUUGUACUUGC